AUGACCAAUAUACUUGCUCGACUGGUAGAACAGCAGGGUCAAGCCCCUGUUAAUCAACCCAGGGAUCCUGAAAUAGAUCAGGCUCUAGAGAGAUUCCAAAAGUUUUUUCCUCCUAAGUUUCUGGGAGGGCCAGACCCUGAGGCAACCGAGAGGUGGUUAGAGUCGAUGAUCAAUAUUUUUGCUACCUUAAACUAUACGGAGGAUAGGCAGGUGCAUUUCGCUGUAUUUCAGUUUGAAGGACCAGCUAGGGCCUGGUGGAACGUGAUUCGGGCUAAAUGGGAGAGAGAAGGAACUGCCUGGACCUGGUUAAAUUUUGUGCGGGAGUUUAACGAGAAAUAUCUGCCACCGAUAGUUCAGGAGAAGAGGGAAAAUGAUUUUAUUAAGUUUCGUCAAGGAAUUCUGAGUGUAUCUGAGUAUGAGACUCAAUUCACGAAACUAUCUAAGUUUGCUCCCGAAUUGAUAUCUGCAGAGCAAAGGAGG